AUGGCUCAUCUAUGUACUGCAGCUGCUUCUCAAUUCCACUUCUCCAACGCCUUCAAGUCCCCCCUCCCUCAGCACGUCCUCCUUCAGCAAGAAAACAGGACGAAAAGCAAUUUCGAUAUCGAGAACUUGACCACAUGGCUGUUGAAGCAGGAGCAGGCGGGUCACAUCGAUGCGGAACUCACAAUCGUGCUGUCGAGCAUAUCGCUCGCGUGCAAGCAGAUCGCUUCGCUGCUCCAGAGGUCGAGCAUCAUCAACCUCACUGGAGCGCAGGGCACGAUUAACGUCCAGGGCGAAGACCAGAAGAAGCUUGAUGUUGUCUCCAAUGAGGUGUUCUGCAGUUGCUUGAGGUCGAGUGGCCGGACCGGGAUCAUAGCAUCAGAGGAAGAAGAUGUGCCAGUUGCUGUAGAGGAAACCUAUUCGGGUAAUUACAUUGUUGUGUUCGACCCCGUCGAUGGAUCUGCCAACAUCGAUAUUUCAUUGACAACUGGUUCCAUUUUCGGCAUUUAUGGCCCUGACGAACAGUGCCUGGUCGACCUUGACGACGACACUACGCUCGAUCAAGCAAGAGAGAAGUGCGUAGUAAGUGUAUGCCAACCUGGAAGCAACCUCCUAGCAGCAGGCUAUUGCCUCUACUCGAUGGUUUUCACACUCUCCAUAGGCAGAGGAGUGUAUGCAUUCACAUUAGAUCCUGCAUAUGGAGAAUUCGUUCUAACGCAUGAGGACAUCAAGAUCCCAAAGACGGGGAGGAUCUAUUCAUUCAAUGAAGGGAAUUACGACCUGUGGGAUGAUAAGUUGAAGGGGUAUCUCGAUCAUUUGAGGCAGCCUGGGCCCAAUGGGAAGCCAUACUCGGGCCGUUACAUAGGCUGCCUUGUGGGAGAGAUCCACAGGAUGCUGCUGGUUGGUGGAAUAUAUGGGAAUCCACAGAACAAGAACAGCAAGAAUGGGAACUUGAGGCUGUUGUACGAGUGUGCUCCCAUGAGCUACCUCGUGGAGCAAGCUGGGGGAAAAGCAACCGACAGUAAGAAGAGAAUACUCGACAUAAAACCCGAGCAGGUUCAUCAGAGGACGCCAAUAUACAUCGGAAGUCCAGACGAAGUGGACAAGCUGCUACAGUACUUGGCUUGAACACGAUUCUCAUUAUUCCCUGCAAUAUCUCUGAAUAUUCAUUCUGGCAUUGCUGAUGGAAGUUGGUGUUUUGGCACAACGGCUGGAGGGAGAAUCAUCAGUAUGAACAGAAGGUUGACAAGUGAAAUUCUGUGGUUUAGCAGAAGGUUGCAACUUGUACACUAAUUCCCAUUGUAGGCAAAAUAAAAUGUAUAAG